AUGGAGCGACUUUAUCCUAAUUUGGGUCAAUCUCCACCGAGCCGACUGAAUUUAUCUAAUGCGUUCAAUACGUCCGGGUUCAAGACAGUCAACGACAAGGUUCUGAUGGAGAUGAAUCUGCGCGCGCAGCGGCAACUUGAAGGGGUCUCCACGCCCAAAGCGAAUAUCUUUGACUAUCAGCCUACAGUUGAAAGUCGUCGGCAGUCUCUUCGAAAGUCACCCAAGUCACCGGGACUGUCUAAAAGGUUUUCGCGGCUGCACUGCAGUCAAUUCGCCCGCAUGGAGUCCAUUGAAACACAUCCCAGUCUGAAGCUAAGGCGACCGGCAGCGAAACCAGUGAGUCCUACUAAAAAGGCAAACGUCCGUAUUGCCAACGCUCCGGUAUUAUUUGGCCAGCCGGCCCCGCAGACUAAAGCGGAAGAUCUCCAGGACAAGCGCCAAGGAGAAGGCCUUGGGAGUCCCUCGAAGCGGCGACGGACUGUUGUGAAGAAUGAAAACGUCACUUAUGAGCCGAUCCAGACACCUCAACAACCAACCCGACGGCCAAUGCAGACCGGAUUUUUCCGGUCGAGGGGAACAGCCCAGGCCAGGCCAACUAGUACUAAUUGCAUCCAGUCACCGCCCAAGCGGCUUGUUCGAAGCCAUACCAGCGCUCAAUUGACCACGAGUCGAUGCUCCGACGAGCUCCCGUCCUACGCCCGGCCCACCCAGGCAGCGCUUCGGAAAUCCCACUCGACGCGGGCGUUGGCGGCCAGAGGGGACACCGUUUUGAACCAAAUGCCAAUCCCACCCAAGGAAGGACACAGCCCAACCGAAACCAGACGGCUGUUUGCAGGUCUCGAGCCCGCACCGCACAUCCUGAAUACCCGGAGCCGCGCCCGGAGACCGUGA